AUGUUGGAUUUCAUGGAUAGCGUGCAGCAUGCAUUCUACGAGGCAUCGGGCUGGAACGUCGACAAUUCCUAUGGCGCAUUGAACGCGUCCGCACGAGCAUUGCUAGACUUUGAUAUACCCCGUGGGCUGCGCAUGCAAAUAUCCUCUCUCGCCGCCCCCAAUUUCGCAACCUCGUACACCCUAGGCAGCGUGGGGGUAGUCGACGGCUCAGUAUCCUACCUGUACUCGUCGCUGCCACUACGGAAGGACUUUAGGACGUCCCACAUCGACCUCCACAACGUGAUACGAGGCUACAAGCAUGUGCAAGAGUUGCGGAGACCGGACGAGAAGUGGUCAUGGGAAGUUUGGCAUGCUGGCCGCCGGAUAGACCGCAAGAACACCCUGUUGUAUGGGCGCAUAUUCCUACCACAGCAGAGGCUCGAAGCCCUGUACCUCCGCCGCCUCACUCCUACGCGACAGCUGAGGAUCGCCGCCGUGAGCGACUCCAAUCUCAACAACGGCGGGACGAUCCUGACGCUACUGCAAAAUGACUUCGGCAAAUACAGCACGGAAUACAUGUACAGCACAGACUCGGCGUUGAUGGGCGUCCGGGGUCUCUACAACUUUGGUCCAGGCCCCAGAGUUGCGCCCGCAGAACCCGUUGCUGCAGAGCAGGUGGAUCCUGUGCAUGGUCGCUUCAGCGCAGGCGCAGAGCUGUACUAUGGCAUACUCAACAAGAGCGGGGGAAUCAGCACAGGGGUGAGGUUCGCCACCCUACCCAACCAUGCGGGUUUCCCGUAUACCAUGACGCUCACGCUCAACCCGUUGAUGGGAAAUCUCUCUUCCACGUAUGCUGUCAAGGCCGGCCCUAACUUGGCCCUGUCCUCCCGCUUCGACUUCAACUUCUACUCCUAUGAAAGUGAGCUGCAGCUCGGGUGUGAACUCUGGCGUCUACGCAGCACGACCGACGUAGAUUGGGCGGUCAAGAAGUUGCGUCCAGAUUGGAAACGCCCAACAACUUCUGCAGAUGACGAUGUAUCCGGCGUGCUGAAGGCUAGAGUCGAUCAGGAUUGGCAUAUCGGAGUAUUGUGGGAGGGCAGAAUCAAGGAGCUGCUGUUUACUCUUGGUGCGAGUCUGGACCUGAAGAAGAGAGAGCAAAUGGUCCGUUCUGUGGGUGUUGAGCUGCAGUACUCCUCAUGA